UCUUUGCCAUCCCUGCUUUCGAGGGGGCUUAAGUAUCAAAUCUAGGAUAUGUAAGGACCAUAAUAUGAGUAACAAAAAGUACAAAUCUAAUCCACUCCCCCGCUUCACUUUUUUUUCCUCUUCACUCACUGAACAACUAUGAGCGCCGGUCUCCUCUUGCCGCUUCCGGUGAAGCUUUCAACCUUCUCCACUGCACCUUCUUCACUUUCUACACCGACCCUUUUCACCGUUUCAUUCGCUAAGACAAUUUCCAACAACCUCAUUUUUGUUAAACAAAGUUUGAGCUCAAAAAGACCGGAUUUCAGGGUGUUCGCGGAUGACGGAGAUGCUGACGGUGGAGGUACAGAUGAAUAUGACAUGGACGAAGAUGAAGUGGAAGAAGCAGACAACAAGAAGGACUUUGAUGUUGACUAUGAUACCCUCUUAGGUGGUGGUAGUGCUAUAUCUUUAGCUGUUGCUAGGGGUGAUGAUGACAUUGCGAUGGUGAAUAGCAGUAGCUUUGUGUUUACUCAAGGAUGGGAUUCGGAGAAAAUUGUGGAUUAUAGGAUUAAGGAGGAGGAGUUUCAUAAAAUUUGCCUUUUCGAUUGUGAUUUCUUCAUUCGUAAACCUCCUGAUCCUGAUGACGAUGUUUAUGAUUUUCGUGAGUAUAUCAGGUGUGCGAUGAGUGAUUAUGGGUGCUACAAUGUGACAGAGCCUCCCAUUGAUGCACCUAGAGAUCCCAUGUAUAAAUCUGAGAGGGAAAUUAUGAAGGUAUUCUUGACAAAGCACUACAGGAAUCGCAGGGCAGGUGAUCCAGAAUUUGCUCUUGAUUUCGAAGAAAUAUACGUUAUUGAUUCUAAAACCAAAUCAAUUACAAGAGCCAAAGUAGUGGUGACAGUUCCUGGAGGAAAAAGCAGGGAUAGGAAGAAUGAUUUACUUGUCAUCCGUGAUAACGGGAACUCAUUCAAAAUUAUACCAUCAGAGGAAAGAGAUGAUUUUACCACUGUGAUAGAGAAAGAAGAGUGGAAGAAGACAAGGCAAGACAUGGAAAGACAUCUUAGUAAGCUAAGGGAUUUCAGUGUUUCAAAUUGGUUUUAGUUGGCCAAUGAAUACCAUUGUCGAAUAUUUCUGUGGUAGUUACCUCAGAAUUGCUGGAAGAGGUGGACGGAUUGAAUACCCUAAUAGCUGAAGGAAACAAUCAGGUUAAUCCGAAAUUGUUCAUGGUGCUGAACGCCGAUAGAGCCAACUGCUUCCAAAUUUCAGAAUCUUAAUCUUACAUUAUGACUUGUGAAAAUGAUCACUGGAUGAAGGUUUACGGUGAGCUUAGGUAGAAGGUAAUGUAGCAGUUAAAAUUCAUAGUAUUUCUAGUACAAGAAAAUGUGCAAAACUUGAACCAGUAACAUUAUCGUAAAGCAAUCGAAACAAUUUCUCUCCUAAUUAUGAAAGCUGGAGGAAUUUGGAGUACAGUGCAGUGUAAUUUGCUUCAAAUUUUGUUCAACUGUUUUACAGUCAAUUUUUUCUUCUCUUUUAA